AUGCCUCGGUCACCAAGAGGUACAAGGCUCGGACGGGCUGCCUCACUUGCAAAGCUACAGACCUCCUUCUCCAGGCGCGUGAAAUGUGACGAGCAGAAACCAGCAUGCUUGCAGUGUCUGACUACCCAGCGCAUCUGCGAGGGCUAUUCGAAUGUCUCCCAAGCUCUGUCUACGGCCAAUCACCUUGCGGAUGAAGACCGACGAGCCUUUGCUUUCUUCCACAGCCGCACGGUGCAUUCAAUUUUCGGCGAGCAGGAUGCCAGUGACUGGAUAACUAUCUUCCUUCAACGCGGCCAUGCUGACAGUGCCGUCCGCCAUGGUCUCACUGCCUUGGCCUCCUUACACGAGAGCCCACUGGGCUCCCCUGGCUGCUAUGUCCUCGCGCCCGACGUCACCAUGAUUCUAUGCAUUCUUUUCGUCUGCUUCGAGCAACUUCGCAACGAAGAUGAUGCCUGCGUAGUGUACCUGACAGCUGGCCUCAAGCUCAUCUACUGGUGCCGCUUACGCACGGGCAACUACAACAAUCUCAAGGAUUACUCGCGGCCCGUAUCGGAGUUCAUGAAUGGGAAGAUUAUCCCGAUCCUGCAACGACUCCGCGUGCAAUUCUCUCUGUGUAUGGACUCCCGCCAUAGCUGGAAGGCAUAUGGCAUCAGCCCCUGUCUUCCGCCUCCGAUUAUCCCCUCCUCGUACUUCUCCUUCGACGCCGCGCGCCGGGAUUUUGACCGCGCAAUGAAUUACAUAUUCUCGGCCCUAGAAACGAACCAGGCUGUCUAUUAUGACCAUAUCAAGCAAGACCCCGUUGCGAUCCUGCACCAGUGGAAAGCCGCAUCCUGUAGCCGCCACCUGUUAGGCCUAUACUACAAUACGUCAACCGUCAUAAUCGGGGCCUAUCAUGCGGAACUGGAGACUUCACUUGACGAGCACGCCAAUUAUUUUCAGAUCAUUGGAUACAGCCUUCUGUUUAGCUUCGACUUGGACAUCACGCCGCCAGUGUUCCUGGUGGCAUCCCGGUGUCGUCACCCCGAUAUCCGACGACGAGCAUGCCAGCUCAUGCUUGAAUCGCCGUUCUAUCAUGGGGCGUGGCGCGAUCGAUACUCGGGACUGUGUGCGCGGCGGAUUAUUGAGAUCGAGGAAGCGAGCAUGCUGAGCCGCCAGGAUGGCUCCACGUACGUGCCCGAAUCUGGUCGUAUUCGGAAGGUGUCUGCAGACAUCCACGAAGCAAAGCAGCAAAUCGCCAUGCAUUUUGUCCGGGCGCCCUUUGUUCCUGCUGGGCCAGUGCACACGACUGUGAUCACACUGGAGCCCUGA